AUCAGAACGAAACCCUCAUAGAGCAAAUCUGAGGUAAAUUGGUUCUCUCUGUUCCUCCUGUACGACUUUUCUCCAUUGGUUUUGGUUUGGACAAAAAGAAUGCGGUACAAGAGAAGAUUUGUGACAGUUUACAGAGAUUUUCCAGAAGGUUGUGGUGUUCCUUCAAAACCUAUAUCCAAUGCUGAUGAAAGUUUUAUGCAAUCUAAGUUCAAUAAGGAUGGAAUUGUCUUGCAGGCUCAUGAAGACUUCUCAAAGAUAACAAAGGAGUCAUCGAAUCAUUCGGAGACCGAGAAUUCUAGAACUGAAGAUUUGUUGGAUGAAGGAUCGGUUCUUGAUUCUAAUGGAAGUGUUACUGAUUGUCAAGAGGACAGAGAAAGAGAGAUGAGCUCGGUGAAGAAGAGAUGUUUGAGUUCACAUAACUUAACAAGUGAAGUUGAGACAGAGAGGAUAGGUAUAGUUUUGGGACUUGCAGCUAAGGCGAAAUGCCCUUGGAGACAACCGAAGAUCCGAGGUUCAAGACAGGUGAAUGAUUUGAACUGAGUCAAAUUGAGUCUGAGUUUAUGUGUAUUGGUUUCUUGUUUGAGAAGUUUGUUCUGGUAACUCUGAGAACAAGACUCUUUGCUUGGUUAUUAUAGUCACUAGGUUUAUUAGAAGUAAGUAAAGUAAUCUCAUAAUUUAGC